AUGGGUGGUGAUAUGCCUCUGCACGACGCUGCGGCCAAUGGACACAUGGCAAUCGCACGUAUGCUUGUACAGUAUGGCGCAAGUGUUCUGGCGACAAACGAUGAUG